CGGAAGUGUCUGUCCUGGAGCCGCGCCGGCGUCGCCAUGGAACCCGCGCGGGGGGUCGACGGCAGCGGCGGGAGGCGGACCCUCCCUGUACGGCUGCGGAAGCGGAAGUCGACGCUGUACAGGCCCGCCCCCUCCGGGAACUCCGCUGGGCGGGGUGCGGCUCUUGUUGGGGAAAACCUUUAUCUGUGCUUGUUUACCAUCACGGUGAGGCUACUAAACUGCUUCUUAGUCCAGACAAGCUUUGUCCCAGAUGAAUAUUGGCAGUCACUUGAAGUUGCACAUCAUAUGGUUUUCAAUUAUGGCUAUUUGACCUGGGAGUGGACAGAAGGUCUGCGGAGCCAUCUCUACCCUCUGCUGUUCGCAAGCAUUUAUAAAGUGUUGCACCUGCUUAACAAGGAUGAUGUUCAGCUGCUGAUCUGGCUCCCUAGAAUUGCACAGGCUCUUCUGGCUGCGCUGGCAGACGUGGUGUUGUACUCCUUGGUGAAGCGACUGGAUGGCGCAGAGGUGGCCAAGUGGGUGUACUUCUGCCAGUUGUGUUCCUGGUUCACGUGGUACUGUUGUACCAGAACUCUCACCAACACCAUGGAAGCCGUUCUCACCACUUUCGCUCUUUACUACUAUCCCCUGGAAGGCACCAAGACAAAGGGGAGCAGCAUCCCUUACUUGACCCUGGUUGCUCUUUCGUUUGUGAUUCGCCCCACCGCUCUCAUUCUGUGGGUGCCUUUGCUGCUCCGGCACUUCUGGAAGGAGCCCCGGAAGCGGCACCUCGUCCUGCACAGCUGCCUCCCAGUGGGAUUGAUCAUUCUGGGAUCCUCUUUAAUUACUGACCGAGUAUUUUUUGGCAAGUGGGUCCUGGUUCAACUGAACUUUUUGAAGUUUAACGUGCUGCAGAAUGUAGCCACCUUCUACGGAUCCCACCCGUGGCACUGGUACUUCACCCAGGGCUUCCUUGUGGUCCUUGGCCCUCACCUCCCCUUCUUUCUCCAUGGCUGCUUCCAAGCAUCCAAGAGGCAUGGCAUAUUCCUGGUGGUGGUGCUGUGGACGCUGGCUGUUUACAGCACCCUGAGCCACAAAGAAUUCCGCUUUAUCUACCCAGUGCUGCCAAUGUGCAUGGUGUUCUGUGGGUAUUCACUUAAGCAGCUGAAAAGGUGGCAGCGGGCAGCAGCCGUCUCCUUCUUGCUGGUGACAAACUUGCUGCUCGCCCUCUACACUGGCUUGGUCCAUCAGCGUGGAACCCUGGAUGUCAUGGGCCACCUGCAAAGCCUCUGCAGCACUCCUGCUGACUCUCCAGAGCAGCCAGCAUUCGUCUUCAUGCUCAUGCCCUGCCAUUCAACUCCUUUUUAUAGCCAUGUUCAUUGCCCACUACAUUUGAGGUUUCUUCAGUGCCCCCCUGAUUUGACCGGAAGGGCAAAUUACCUUGAUGAAGCUGACUUAUUUUAUGCAGACCCUCUCAGCUGGCUCACUGAAACGUUUUCCAAUGUUACGCUGCUACCCACACACUUGGUGUUCUUCAGCGUGCUUGAGCAGGAUAUAUCAUCAUUUCUAGUUACAAACAGGUAUGAAAAAGUUGCCGUGUUUUUUCACACUCAUCUGCCUCAAGGACGAAUCGGGAGCUCCAUUCAUGUCUACAAAAGAAAUCAAAAGCAUCUUUGAAGAUGGUGUCCAACAACAAAUACAGGAAUAUGACUAUAUCUUGCUCAAAGAUCACAACAUGGGUCUGUGUUUCACAUGGGAUAUAGUUAAUAGGACAGUCCUCUUCACUUAGCAGUAAAUCUUGCUGAGUUAAUGGAACUUUGAUUGCAGCCUCAACCACUUUUCAUUGUGGGUGUAUAGAAGAAACACUUCAGCAUGGACAGCAUGCACAAGAUAACAGAAGAGUGGCCUUUGAGUCCUUCUCUGAGGAUGUUUAGCUAUGCAAACUUAUAAAAAUAAAAGUAACUUUUUCCAA